AUGAUUUGGCCAGAAUUACAGGGUGGCCAGAGCGUUUAUCGACGAUUUGAUCACUGGGCCCACUAUGGUUAUUCGUCCGCCCUCUCCGAUUUGGCACAACAGCUAGCCGUGUGUGAGGUAACAUCAACAGAAAUGGUUUAUUCAUCCCAUCUUAAUUCCCAACAUACGUUUCAGACCAUUGUACGAGGAUUACCUUCUCUGCUUCGUUUCAAAUGGGCCAAAGCUGUCGCUAACAUCAGACGAGAAGAUCGUGACUGA